AUGUCCUUCAAUUCGAUUUCUGAUCAUCUUUCGAUCGAUCUGCACCGCGUGCUGGUACCUAUAGUACAACAUCUAUCCAGCCAACCUGAUGUCUUUGGUGUUGUGUAUAGACGACCGGGUAUAGAGGACUACACCCUAUCGGAUAUGUUCUACAUACCUGAACAAGCGAAUUGGAGCUUAGACAAUCUGCCCGAUAUCCUCUACGUUAUACGUCCUCCCGAAGAAUACCGCAGUAAAGCGAAACGACCGGUUCAGAAAUCUUCCUACAGGAUAUUUGGGAAACACGUCAAUGACUUUGAAACUAUUCUGCCGCGGCAGAUAUCUUCCAAUGCGGAAGGAUGGCGCCUUGAAGCGUGGAUGCGUUAUGACCCUCGUAUCACUGCUGAGGACAUCAUCGACCGGGUCCAUCCGUUCUACCGAAAAUACAUAUCCAGCGUACAAAUCCAUAAUCGUCGCAAAGAGUUCCGGGAGCAUUGCAACAUAACGUGCUGGGAAGCGGGGCCUGAUGACAAUGAAAACGUCAAAAUAACUAAUCUCCUCGAAGAGUGCGGUUAUGAGGCCUGGUCGACAAAUAGCACUCGUGGGUUAUCUCCUGGUCUAAUCAACCCGACAGUUGGUGAGGCAGGAGGUCGUAUUGCGCUGCAGGAGGUUCUUGUCCGUCGGUUUGAUGCGCCUGACUCCAUCGCUUACUGGGUCUAUGAGGCUUUCCCGUGGGACAGCGUGAGUUUCUGGUUCUCUGCAGGGCCAGUACGCUUUAUAAUCGACGUCCACGGAAAUAUACUGUCGUCUCAUACUUCCUACGAAUCCGUGAUUUCUCGUGAGCUGUACGAUGGUAUCAUAUCUUCAUUUCAGGUUGCGCACCCUAUCGAUGCUCAGCAAGCCAAACCUAAUCACCUUCCUGGAAAUCUUCCCGAGGCGCAACCCCAUGAAAUGGAGUUUCUCUCGUCCCAAAUUGCUCUGCCGCCGGCUCAAUCGGUGGUCCAUUUUGCUCCGGACGUGGUUGAGCUCCAACCGCGGGCGAUAGCUAUCCCACACCCCAAGAAACGAGCACCUUCUGAUGCUACUGCCAGUGCCGCUAGGAGAAUCAACAUCACGGACAUCAUCGAUCCCAGUGGCCUACCCACACCAGUUGGCACUGUCGAGCGUGUUCAUUAUGACGGACAGGUUGAUAUAUCUCCCUCAGACACCACCUUUGAGAAUAUGGUAUUAGAGUCAGGAGUGCUCUCGCCUUCCUCUCUUCCGCCAGCUAAGCAUAGCGGCGAACAAGUCUGGCAGCUGCCCACUCGGCUGGAGAAUCCUACGUGCACAAUGGACGAUCCAUUUUGGGUCCCCGGAAAUGCAUAG